UCCCGCGUGGAGCCGCCGCCACCGCCGCCGGGGAGGAGGAAGAAGAUGAAGGACAAACAGAAGAGGAAGAAGGAGCGCACGUGGGCCGAGGCCGCGCGCCUGGUAUUAGAAAACUACUCAGAUGCUCCAAUGACACCAAAACAGAUUCUGCAGGUCAUAGAGGCAGAAGGACUAAAAGAAAUGAGAAGUGGAACAUCCCCUCUUGCGUGUCUCAAUGCCAUGCUACAUUCCAAUUCAAGAGGAGGAGAGAGCCUGUUUUAUAAACUGCCUGGCCGAAUCAGUCUUUUCACUCUAAAGAAGGAUGCCCUGCAGUGGUCUCGCAAUCCAGCUGCAGUAGAGGGAGAGGAAACAGAAGACACAGCUGAUGUGGAGAGCUGUGGAUCUAAUGAAGCCAGCACUGUGAGUGGUGAAAAUGAUGUGUCUCUUGAUGAAACAUCUUCUAAUGCAUCUUGUUCUACAGAAUCUCAGAGCCGGCCUCUUUCCAAUCCCAGGGACAGCUACAGAGUUUCCACACAGGCAAACAAGCAAAAGAAAAAGACUGGGGUGAUGCUGCCUCGAGUUGUUCUGACUCCUCUGAAGGUAAACGGGGCCCACCUGGAAUCUGCAUCAGGGUUCUCGGGCCGCCACGCCGAUGGCGAGAGCGGCAGCCCAUCCAGCAGCAGCAGCGGCUCUCUGGCCCUGGGCAGCGCUGCUAUUCGUGGCCAGGCCGAGGUCGCCCGGGACCCUGCCCCGCUCCUGAGAGGCUUCCGGAAGCCAGCCACAGGUCAAAUGAAGCGCAACAGAGGGGAAGAGAUUGAUUUUGAGACACCUGGGUCCAUUCUUGUAAACACCAAUCUCCGGGCCCUGAUAAAUUCUCGGACUUUCCACGCUCUGCCAUCCCACUUUCAGCAGCAGCUCCUCUUCCUCCUGCCAGAAGUGGACAGACAGGUGGGAACAGAUGGCCUGUUUCGUCUCAGCAGUAGUGCACUAAACAACGAGUUUUUCACCCAUGCGGCUCAGAGCUGGCGGGAACGCCUGGCUGAUGGUGAAUUCACUCAUGAGAUGCAAGUCAGGAUACGACAGGAAAUGGAGAAGGAAAAGAAGGUGGAACAAUGGAAAGAAAAGUUCUUUGAAGACUACUAUGGACAGAAAUUGGGGUUGACCAAAGAAGAGUCAUUGCAGCAGAAUGUGGACCACGAGGAGACCGAAAUCAAGAGUGAUUUGUGUGUCCCAGGAGAAUCAGCACGACCACAGCGUGGUCCAGCCACCCGGCAGCGAGAUGGGCAUUUCAAGAAACGCUCUCGGCCAGAUCUCCGAACCAGAGCCAGAAGGAAUCUGUACAAGAAGCAGGAACCAGAAGAAACAGGGAUUGCAAAAGACACACAGUCUGUGGCCCCAGAUACUCCCCUCUUCAAGGAGGGGGAGGCUGAGACUGAUGCAUCAGGGGGUGGCAGCCCCCACCUGCCAGGAAUAUCCUCUGCAGCACCCGACCCAGAGGGUCUUGAAAUCCCAGGUGAACCUGUGGCUUCCCACAUCCAGACUGAUACAGAGGACCUGGCGCGUGCCUCUGUGUCUCCAGACAGAAUUCCUAGCUUGCCUCAGGAGACUGUGGAUCAAGAACCCAAGGAUCAGAAGAGAAAAUCCUUUGAGCAGGCAGCCUCUGCGUCCUUUCCCGAAAAGAAGCCCCGGCUUGAAGAUCGUCAGUCCUUUCGUAACACAAUUGAAAGUGUUUACACCGAAAAGCCACAGCCCACCAAAGAGGAGCCCAAAGUCCCGCCCAUCAGGAUUCAACUUUCACGUAUCAAACCACCCUGGGUGGUUAAAGGUCAGUCCACUUACCAGAUUUGCCCCCGCAUCGUCCCCAUCACGGAGUCCUCCUGCCGGGGCUGGACUGGUGCCAGGACCCUCGCAGACAUUAAAGCCCGUGCUCUGCAGGUCAGAGGGACCAGAGGCCACCACUGCCAUCGAGAGGCGGCCGCCACUGCCAUCGGAGGCGGGGGUGGCCCGGGUGGAGGUGGCGGCGGGGCCACCGAUGAGGGAGGUGGCAGAGGCAGCGGCAGUAGUAAUGGUGGUGAGGCCUAUGGCCACCCUGAGCCCAGGGGAUCCCCGAGCACCCCUGGAGAAUGUGCGUCAGAUCUACAGCGAACACAAUUACUGCCGCCUUGUCCUCUAAAUGGGGAGCAAGUUCAGGCCAUAACUGGUAUGUCCAGAGCCAAGAGAGAGAACCUCACUUCGCCCGAAAAGGAAGAGAGCAGUCCUGUACAAAGGGUUUCAAACAUCCUGACGAGCAGACUGGAUGAUGCUUCCCAACUCCCCAUUGCUCCAGCUGGAGGCCAGCUUCACCCUCCAAGGAUCCCAGACUCCCUGUCAUCCAAAACCUCAGCACCUGAGCAGUCUCCAUUGCAUCUAGGUGUUAGAACUGAAUGUGGUUCUGGUACCACUUCCUGGGAAAAGGAUAAAGAACAAGGACCCACUGUACCCACAGAAAACAGUCCUACUCAGUCUUUGGUAGGGGAUGUUGUGUUAGAAGAAGGAACUGGCCAGACUGUAGAUGGUGACUGUCAUCCCACCACGAAAGAGCCUGUGAAUGUGACCCCCAUUUCCACUCCUGAAUCGUCAUUUGCUGGUUGCCUGCAGGACAGACAACCCGAUGACGAAUUAGGACUUGAUAACUCAUGCCCAACCAUGAGGGAAAGUGCUACUAGACAAGAAAAUUUGAAAAACAAGGCUCUUGUCUGUGCCGGUGCUGCAGCUUGGAUGCCUGGCCCAUUGAAUGACAAGACGGAGGGACAGCCUGAACUGAACUCUGGAGAAAAUGUCCCAUCUGCUGAGCCCCAGGUCAGCAAGGGGCAGGAGAAAGCAGCUCCCAUCACUUCAGCAUUGCCUGGGGGGUUGAUAGCUGAAGAGGGUUUAGAGCCCCCCAGCAGCUUUCCUUCACUCUGGACAGUGUCGGCUGGAGGAUGUGCUGACAGUGCUGGCAGCAACUGUGACCAGAUGGAAGUUGAGAGGCUGAAAAUCAAUGGAGACUCCGAAGCAUUGAGUCUUCACAGUGAGUCCACAGACACAGCUUCUGACUUUGAAGGCCAUCUCUCUGAAGACAGCAGUGAGGCCGAGGCUAGUGAAACCAUGGUGAAAAAGGGAUCUUUGGUGGCAGAUGAGGAGAAACAUGGCUGUAACCCACCUGCCUCACCAUCCAAGGUGAAUAGUGACCCAAGUAUGAUUUCAAGGACAGAUGAAAUAGCUGCUCCUCAGAGCUGGGUGUCUCGAGUAUGUGCGACCCCUCAACGAAUCCCAGACUCCCUUCUUCUGGCUAGUACUGAGUGCCAGCCAAGCCCCUUGCCCCUGGGUAGAUCUGGGUCAUCACUGGAGGUGACUAACCCACUGGUGAUGCAGUUGCUACAGGGCAGCUUGCCUCUAGAGAAGGUUCUUCCUCCAGCCCUCAACAGCAGACCUGAAUCUGCACACUUCCCACUCAUGAAAGAGCAGAGUCAUAGUCGAUCACAUGGAAUGGGAUCUCUGCAAGAUGCUGGGGAAAACAGAUGCACAUUUAGCAGGAGCAGCCCUAGUACUCUAAGAUCUUCAAAGGAACCACUUCUAACUGAGAGCCAUGAAGCAAGCAGUAAUAUUGCCAGACUAGAGUCCGCCCCAGUUCCUGGUGAGCCCCAAAAGAUUGUCCCAAAUUUAGACUCCCUCUAUCCAGUGACAAAUCCAGUGGCUGCUGCUGGGAAGCUCCAAGGGGAUUCCAAAGGGCAGUUCUCUUCCUUCAGUUUUGAAGACCAGAAGGAAGGCCAUGGCCUGCCCCAGUGCAGUAAUUCCAUUACUGCCCCAGGCAAGAGUCCAGGAAAUCUCACUACCUCGAGACCCCCUCGUUUCUCAUCUCCAAAUGUGAUCUCCAUGGGUCCUGAUCAGAGAGGUCGGACCCUGGGUGAUCAGAACAAUGCUGGAGGUCAAGGGAAGAAACUCUUUGGCUCUAGGAAAGUGACUGCAGCCCUUCAGUGUCCCAGGCCUGUGGCACCAGUGCCGCAGCCUGCUGAUGCUCCUCCUGGCUUUCCUAAUACGAAGUUGGAGCCAAGCAAAAACCCUGUGUCUGGUGGGGUACAGACUCCCAGGGAGGAUUGGGCGCCAAAGCCACCGCCUGCCUCUGUUAGCAGCAUGAAGAGUCAGAAGACUUUUGUGGGGGGCCCUCUCAAGGCAAAUGCAGAGAACAGAAAUGCUGUAGGGCCUAGUACUCGGGAGCUGGUGGAUCAAUUGCAGGGAAUGCCCUUUGUCCUUGACCUGCCCUUCUGGAAAUUACCCCGAGAACCUGGGAAAGGACUCAGUCAGCCUCUCGAACCUUCCUCCAUCUCCUCCCAACUCAACAUCAAACAGGCAUUUUAUGGGAAGCUUUCCAAAUUCCAACUAAGUUCCACCAGCUUUAAUUAUCCUUCCAGCUCCCUCACCUUUCCCAAAGGCCUUGCUGGAAGUGUGGUACAACUGAGCCACAAAGCACACUUUGGUGCGAGCCAUAGUGCAUCACUGUCCUUGCAGAUGUUUACUGACAGCAGCAGGGUGGAAAGCAUCUCACUCCAGUGUGCAUGCAGCCUGAAAGCCAUGAUCAUGUGCCAAGGCUGUGGUGCAUUCUGUCACGAUGACUGUAUUGGACCCUCAAAACUCUGUGUAUUGUGCCUUGUGGUGAGAUAAUAAAUUAUGGCCAUGGGAAAAGCUGUAUAUUUAGUGUGUGUAUUUUGAUAAUGAUUGAUCUUAAAUCUGCAUACAGAAUAUCAUUGAUACAGUAGACUGUCUCUCCAGCAAGAACAUUCUUGCCUUUCCCUAAAAUUUAUAGUGCUAAAGCUCCUCCAUCACUCACUAACCCUUGUUGUCUAACUGGAGGGGUUUCCUUCUGGGCAGCUUGUUGGGCUGCCCACAGCUGACUAACCAGCCUGAGCUCUCAACACAGUCUGGCGUAGCAUGGGGAGCCAGCCUAACUCCCAGCGGGACUUGAAGCUGAGGCAAGAAGGCUGUGACCUCCACCAAGGGAACUCAUUUACCUGAAUUGAGUAGAAAUGUCAGUCUUCCACUGCCCCCUCCCUACCAUUUUUCCUUCUACUCAGUCUGGGGAGUUAGUUGAUGGUUGAGAAGCCAGCACAGGGUUCCAUUUAACUCCCAGCAGUGCCCACCAGGGGGCUCAAGUACCUGCUGAUUUCAGGGUCACAGUCAUUUGCCUGUUGAAGAGCCAGUUUGGCCUUUGGUUAUGUUGCUGAAGCAGAUUUGGAACUUUAUCCGCUAGUCCACAGGAGCUUUGGAAUCUUGAAUAGCCCUGUUUGGACAACAGGAUUGGGCAUAGGCCUGUCUUUACUCUUGAAAUGCCAUCUGUAGACCUUUUAAAUCAGAUAUGUAGGCAUUUGGGCGGGUGAAUUGAAUUCCUCUGCUUGAUACCUUCCCCGUCACUUUGGACUCUGGGAGUGGGCAUCUCCACGCACCGUGUAUGUGACAGUCAUUUUACAUUUUCAAAGCAGUGUGUGUUUCUUAUUUUUAUAUUUUUAACUCUUUAUCCUUGGAUGUAUAAAGUGAACUUUUUGGCUUCUGUAAGUAUGCUCUAUGCACCUAUAAAACUGUUUUAUCAUGUAUUUAUACAUUGUACACAGUGCUGGCCAAUUCUGUAAAUGGAUGUAUUGUACAGAGAACAUGACCAUCUCUCCCGUAUUUUACGUCUUGAGCGUCGUUGCAUUCAAAUGGUGUAAUUGACUUCUCUCUACCUGUGCUAGAGCGAGCCACUGCGUGCUGUGCUGCCCAGUGUGAGGGGGGAGUGAUUGGUGUUUUACCAGGUUGGCCCCCAUGCCCUGUCACAGCCUGCUGAGCCACAGUCACUCCUGUAAGCUACUGAGCAAAUGAUCUUGCUCCUCACCUCUUCUCCAACCUUCACUGGCUGCUCGCUGCCAUUUGGGACAAAUCACCACCACCAGUGUUAAGUGCUCCUGGAUUCAUGGGUGAGUGUCCUGGGCAGUCCCAAGCAGGCCUUCCAGAACUGACUCUAGUAUACAUCAUCUGUCAGCAGUACCUGGGACCACAUUAUCCUGGUGUCACAGGACCCCUUUUGACUUAGUUUUGACAACAGGUUGGGGAAGAAAAAAAAGAGGUCUCCAUGGUUGUCCCUCUCCCGACCCAGCCUUAUUUCUUAUACCUCAUACCUUGACUUGUGGUAGAGUUGAGAGUCGUCCCUGUUUAACCCAGGCCUCCCUGUGUGAGUGUUUCUGUAUCGAGUAUAAAAUCGGUAUGGCCUCAGCAAGUCUUAUUUCAUCUGAAGGGUUAUCCCCCACUCCCAUUUCAUCCACUGGCGUUUUGUCAUCUGAAGCGUGAGUGAAAAGUUGUCAAUGAUGUGGUGAUUUAACUGCAGUAUUUGCAAAGUCCGAGUUGUCGACUUCCAGAGUCUCUUUACCAAAGAUAGGUUCGAACAGAGGCCCAAGUGUGUCUGAUCCUCUUCUGCUGCGAGCUUUGGGGCCACUCUAGGGUAGUUUGAAACUGGUCUGGUCCACGGGGCUGCCCAGGGAAAGCACUGCUCUUGUAUGUCUCUUGUGGUAUUGGAAAAAUAAACCUGUACAACCUG